AUGGACAACUCCAGUGUGAUUGUAUCUUUUGUGCUGGCUGCCUAUGGUAACAUUGGAAAGUUAAAAUACCUGUAUUUUAGCAUCAUGCUGUCAUGGUAUCUCUCCAUUUGUGUGGCCAACAUAUUUGUUAUUUUGGUCAUAUUUGUGGACAGAAAGCUGCAUGAGCCCAUGUACAUACUGCUGUGUAACUUAUUUGUGAAUGAGAUAGGUGGCAGCACAUCACUGUAUCCUCUUCUGCUCUCACAAAUGCUGUCGGACAGCCAUGAAGUGACCCUGCCGUGGUGUUUCUUGCAAAUGUGUUGCAUCUACACAUGUGCCUCUGUUGAGUUUUGCAGCUUAGCAGCCAUGGCCUAUGACAGAUACAUCUCUGUCUGCCACCCUUUACACUACGACGUCGUCAUGAACACAAGGAGGGUGUUGGGGAUCAUUCUGCUUGUGUGGAUGUAUUCAUUUGCUAACUUUAUAUUCUUGUUUUCAUUCAUCAUUGGUUUGAAAUUUUGUGGAAAUAUCAUUGACAAAGUGUUCUGUGAUCACCACCUAGUAAUUAAACUGGCAUGUUCGGUUUCACUACAUAGCUACAUAUCUGAUAUAUUCUUUGUCUUUGUGACGUUUGUAAUCCCGUUCGGCUUCAUUUCCGCCUCCUACAUGAAGAUUCUGGCGGUUUGUCUGAAUACGACUAACGAAAACAAGCAGAAAGCCAUCACCACUUGUGCGCCUCAGAUCGUCUCAGUGUUGAACAUGUUUGCUGGCUGUGUUUUUCACUUCAUCGACUCCAAGUUAGAAGUGGCUCACAUACCAGAUAAGGUCCGUGUCAUUUUAUCUGUGUAUAUUCUCAUUUGUCAACCAAUGAUCACCCCCUUUAUGUACGGAUUUAACCUUCCAAAGAUAAAACAAGCCUGUAAAAGAUUUCUGUUUGGGAGAAAAUAA